ACCGAUUGGAACCAUAGGAAUUGUGGUAAUUCCAACUGACAACCGGUAUACUCAAGGAGCAAGAAAAUAUGUCCGAACAUCAAAAUACAAGAUAUUGUUAACAAAUAUAGAUGAUUUGUGUACAGAUCUCAUUGAUUUUGUUGCAAGAAUGGAAGUAUUCCAGUUUUCAAAAGAU